AUGGCGGACCCAUUGGCAACCAUUGCGGGCUCAGCAGCCAAGAGCGUGCGGCCUUUCCGCUCAAGUGAGGCGUAUGUGGAGGCCAUGAAGGAAGACCUGGCUGAGUGGCUCAAUGCCUUGUAUGGCCUGGGGCUGCCUAGUGGUGGCGAUGGCUUCCUGGCCGGGCUGGCCACAGGCACUACCCUGUGCCAGCAUGCCAACGCUGUCACUGAGGCCGCCCGCGCCAUGGCUGCCUCUCGGCCAGCUCGUGGUGUGACCUUCCAAGGGCACACCGUGGCCCCCGGCUCCUUCAUGGCCCGCGACAACGUGGCCACCUUCAUCGGCUGGUGCCGCGUGGAGCUGGGAGUGCCCGAAGUGCUCAUGUUUGAGACCGAGGACUUGGUGCUGCGGAAGAACGAGAAGAGCGUGGUGCUGUGCCUGCUGGAGGUGGCCCGGCGCGGGGCCCGCCUUGGCCUGCUUGCCCCGCGCCUCGUGCAGUUCGAGCAGGAGAUUGAGCGGGAGCUGCGUGCCACACCCCCAGCCCCCAAUGCCCCCACAACUGGGGAGGACCCCACUGAGGCUGCUACUGCAACAGGGGCCCCACACCGAGGACCCCGCAUGACCAUGACGCCCAGUGACCUUCGCAACCUGGACGAGCUGGUGAGGGAGAUCUUGGGACAAUGCACCUGCCCAGACCAGUUUCCCAUGAUCAAGGUCUCAGAGGGGAAGUACCGCGUGGGAGAUUCCAGCCUGCUCAUCUUUGUGCGGGUGCUGAGGAGUCACGUGAUGGUGCGCGUGGGUGGUGGCUGGGACACUCUGGAGCAUUACCUGGACAAGCAUGACCCGUGUCGCUGCUCUUCCACUGCCCACCGCCCUCUCCAGUCCAGGGCCGGAACCUUCUCUCCCCAGAAGGUGUCGCCCGCCCCCAGCCCCCGACCUGGUAGCCCGGUCCCUGGGGGUGAGCGCCGCAGCUCCAGACCCGAGGCGACCCCUGUUAUCCUACGCAGCCCCAAGGAGGGGCAAGAGACCCUGCUCAGGCCCCGAGAUCAGCUGCCCCCCCACCCCCGCUCCCGCCGCUAUUCGGGGGACAGUGACUCCUCGGCUUCCUCAGCCCAGAGCGGCCCCCUCAGUACUCGCAGUGACGACACAGGCACUGGGCCCCGCAGGGAUCGACCCAGUCGGCGGGUGACAACGGGCCCCCCAGCCUCCCCGAGGCGGCCCCCGGCCCCACGCAGCCAGUCCCGAGAGCAGCUGGAUCGGGGUCGGCCCCGGGGAGCCCCAGGGGGCAGGGGGACCCAGCCAGUGACCCCCAGCCCUGCCCGCCGGGCGCAGAGCCAGAGCCGGGAGGAGCAGGCUGUGCUGCUAGUACGCAGGGACCGAGAUGGGCAGCACUCGUGGGUGCCACGGGGCAACAGGGACUCGGGCAGGAGCAGCCCCCGGACACCCCGAGCCCGCAGCCCGGCGGUCCUCCGGUCCUCUCGAGUUUCCAGCCCGGUUCCGGAGUUGGGCAGCACACCGGCCAGCGUCUUCCGCACACCUCUCCAGCUGGACCCGCAGCAAGAACAGCAGCUGUUCCAGCGCCUGGAAGAAGAGUUCCUGGCCAACGCCCGGGCCCUCGAGGCGGCUGCUGCUGGUGGGAACCCCAUCGGCCCUGCCCCUGACCCAGCUCCAGCCCUGGACCCUCCAGCCCCUGACUCGGCCUACUGUUCUUCCAGCUCCUCUUCCUCCUCCCUCAGCAUCCUGGGUGGCAAGUGUGGCCCCCUCGGGGACCCUGCCCGGAUAGCCAAUGGGCUGCCCGGAACCCGAGGCCCAGCCCUAUCCAGCUCUUCCGACGAAGGCAGCCCCUGCCCUGGUAUUGGGGGGCCACCUGAUGUACCCAGGACCCCCGUGGCUGGCCCAGAGCCCUUGAGGACCUGGGCCCGGGGCCGGAUGGACACACAGCCAGACGGGAAGCCCUCUCGCAUCCCCACACCACGGGGCCCCCGCCGCCUGUCUGAACCCACAGAACCUGGGGCCCUGCGUGCCCUGCGCUCCAUCAGCCCAAAGGCUGAGCCUGAUUCAUGGAUGUGA